AUGAGCACAGGUACGAGCGCGAGCCCCAGCGCGAGCCCCAGCGUGGGUCCGACACCGCCUGGCACCUGUGCAGCCUGCCAUCGAGGAGGCUCGAACCGUCUGUUCUACUGCGCCCCAUGUCUCGAACAACGGUCCGUCUCCCUUCUCCCUCCAGCUGGUCUCGCACCGUCUUGCGGCUGCACUGCUGCCAGGCGACUCCCCCGCUGACCCCUCUGUAUGCCAUCGUAACGCUCAGUCUCGAGGACCAUUACUCAAGACGACAACACGCGCAACGCCUGACCCAGCUCUCCCAAGCCAGGGCCAGCGCCUUGCUCGACCCCCCACCCGCCAGUUCGGCAUGGCCCGUCAGCGACGAACGACGCCAAAAGGCCGACAAGUGGGCCGUUGCCGUACAGGUGAAGCAGAUCUCCCUCGCCAACGAGAGCGUUUCCGCGACCAUAAACCAGGGUCCGUCAUGCGCCACGCCGCUUCGCCGCUCGCCGUCCGUUUCACCCCGGUCACGUGCCGUACUGACACCCCCCACUGCGCUGUCGUCUGUCGUCUGUCAUCUGUCAUCUGGGACCUUAGAUCGUGUCCUGUUGCAGCAACGACGAUCCAAUCUGACCAAGCGGCGGGAGAACCUCGUCAAAGCCAGACGACUGUUGGCUCAGACCUCGCCUUCGCACCACACCGCAACCCUGGCCCACCUCGCCUCGAUCCACCAAGACCUCCUCGCUCGAUUGGGCCAAGUCAGGACCAUCCUGACCAAUGAGGCCUUGGUCGUGUUCGCCUUUCAGCCCUCAGACAUUCAUACGACUCGACCAUCACCUCCCACACCAAACCUCGAAGAUGACCCCUUCCAAUCGACCCUUGCUCCGACGACGGCGACCCCUCUUGCGGUCCCCCCACCCCCACCUCGGCCGCCCCAAGCCUACACCCUCGCGAACCUUCCCCUGCCACCGCUGUCGAUGCUCCCGACACUUCCCCUACCGUACCUCAACGCGCUCCUUUCUCACCUCGCCCAACUUACUCGCUUGAUGGCCAUCUACUACGACCUCGAACUGCCCUUCACACCCCUCCCAGCCUUGUAUGGUCCUGGACGACCAGGCGUCAAAGCCAGUCUAUCCAGUGGGGUCUUUUACGCAGGCGUCGAAACCGUCAGUGCUGGCCGAACGGAUGAAAAGAGUCCGAACACGGGUGGAUGCUGGCCGUUGUUCUUGAGCACGACUGCGGCAGCAUCAACUUCGACCGCACCCUUGAUGGACAAGAAUUCAGGAGGAGAAAGGUCCGAGUCCAAGCACGUUCGUCAGAACACUUCGGCGCUUCGCGCGCUCGAGACCUGGACCCAUCUUCAAGAUGAUUCUUUCCUUUUUCGACGAUCACAGAACACCAUCACCUCCACCUCCACCUCCACUGCGGUCCAAGCAGCUAGUUCGGAAAGGUUGAGGAGCCUGAUGGUGGGUAUCGUCGCCUUGGCUUUCGACUGGGAAUGGAUCGCUCGUACCCGAGGCAAGCGAGUCGAAGAUGGAGUGAACAAACUGGAUGACUGGGUUGCCUUGAUUAAGGAAGCGACGAAGGGGGUUGAAGCGGAAUCGUUUAGCACAGCUAAGGAUGACGCGUCGACGCAGCGUCCUCAAGCUGGUCGAAUCGAGAUGGGCUUCACGUUCGCUCAAGCUGUCGAUCAUUUCUGGGCGAAGCUGGACGCAACGAUGGGCCCCGUUCCGAAAAUGAAGAAUGCAGGCGGGGGGAAAUCGUCGACGAGGACCCGGACGAAAGAGAGGUGGAACAAGGUCGAAAGGGAGCCUGGAGGCGAGGGGGUUGAGCGAGCAGAGGAAGAGAGAGGAGCAGAGGCGGAAGGGGAAGAGGAGGGAUGGGAUCUGGUUUGA